CUUGUAGAUCUUGUAGAUCUUGGAGCUGAAGAUUCUGAUUGGGAUGAAUCUCAGUCAACCUCGAGCCACCAGCCAUUCGCAUCUGCCGCGUUGGCGUUGCAUCACGUUGCAUCAUGGCUCAAGGGCUUUCGCGCUGGCCCAUUGGGCAAGGCCAAAAGGAGCCAUGCGCUUGGCGCUUGGCAUCCUGUGCUUGCUGCAGGUGGCCAAGGCCUUUGUGAGCCCUGGGCUGACAGGAAGCCUGGCAAAGGAGCGCGUGGCGUUGCGCGCGCACAGCUUUGAAGCUCAACAAGAGCAGUCCCGCGGCACUUCAGGGGUUGCCUGGGCCACAUGCGUCGCAGUGGGCAUGGUGGCUAUGCGAUUGACAUCCUCUGCCCGCCGGGACAGCGUCGUGUCGAUGGCAGCCCACCGGAAGCCAACGAAGAAGGGCCGGAAAUUGGUGGUCUUGGAGUGCUCUGAGCAGAGACAAAUGGUGCGAGAUGGUGUUCCCGGAGCAGGUGGUCCUCGUGGUGGUGUGAGCCGCUACUACACCGAGAAGAACGUGCGCAACACGCCCGAACUGCUCAAGCUGCGGAAGUUCAACAAGUACCUGGGACGCCACACCCUGCACGUGGAGCUCAAGUGAGAGUUGGCGCGGCCAGUUCUGCUCAAACAAUCGGCAUGCGCUGUCUCCUCUCCUGGUUUCGGUCUUGCAAUUCUCGGGUUCUACAUGUUUCAUGUGACAAUUUC